AUGACAUCUACUAGCGGCGCGAAGAUCUCAAUGUUUGGUGCCAAGUCUGGAUUCGUUAUCCCUAAAAACAAGCUAUCUGGAUCACUAAUCCCGAUUUUUCAACGUGGGAAAACCCUGGGAGGUUCCGAUGCGGAUAAUGAACUGCUCGUGAAGCUUGGGAAGAGGAAGAGUAAAUGGGGACCUGAUUUGACACAAGAUACUGCAGCCAAGAAGGGACGAGCUUUAGCUUACCAGAUUGCUGAACAUCUGGAGUUAGAAAAACGUGAAGUAAUUGGGGAGAUACUCGAGUUGAAUCCCAGGUACAAGGCUCCACCUGAUUAUAAGCCAUUGCUGAAGGAAGCUAGAUUGCCGAUCAAUGUCAAAGAACAUUCUGACUUUAGCUUUUUAAGUCUCAUAUUUGGUUCGCAAGGUGAUACUCAGAAGCGGCUCGAGAAAGAGACUGGAGCCAAAGUUCAAAUUUUUGGUACUAAAACAGGAGGAGAGAAGGUUGAGCUCUCUCCUUCAGAUGAAAAUGAGAUCCAGACGUCUUGGCAAGAGUUAUAUUUUCAGAUAUCAUCUGACACUUACGAAAAAGUGGAUGCAGCUAUUGCUGUAAUUGAGCUGCUUAUCUCAUCAGUGUCUGAAAAUUCAGGAGCUGGCACUGCUCCUCCAUCUCCCAAAUCUGAAGACAUCACAGCCAUUCCAGGCGACAGCAACACGACUGCUACAGACCCAAGCUCCGAACAGCCAACGAACUGCUCUGUACAACCUCCACAAAGCCAAUUCCAAGAGCAUGGUUCCUCUUUUCCAUUGGCUUCAAAUCAAGUUCCCUUUUAUCCACCUCUUAAUCCCUCUGCUCCAAGUCUUGGUAAUCGUAUCCAGGAGCAAGGACUGCUAACCAAUUCUAUGAACCCCAAUCCUCCUUUUCCCCAGCAACCACUUCCAAUCCCUCAUAACACAUCAUUACGUCCUGAUUUUCAACUCCCUCGUCAUCCAGAUUUGUUCUCUUUUAACCUUUCAAACACACCAAGGCCCUACUCCGUGGCUGCCUCACAAGGACCGUUUGCUCAACCGGGUCUUUCGACUGCGUCUCCAUAUUCCGGCAGUCAGGUACAACCAAUCGGACCGCGAUCUACAAUGAGGCCGUCGACAUUAUUGACUUUCCCACCUGUACCUAGCAGUGUCUUUAGACCAACGCCGUUGCCAGACAUAGUCUCAAGCAACAUUGCCCAAUCAAUACGGCCUCUGGCUCCUAACUUCACUCCACAUCCGGUAGCUCAUCAGCCAGUGUCAGCACAUAUUCCUGGCAGGCUCGCAGGUCCUGUUCCUACGUUUACAUUCAUAAAUCCCCCCACAAAUUCAGGCCAUAGGCCAUCUCACGGGGAUUUCGGUUUCCUUAAACAGCAACAGAUAUCUCCUAGACCCAACUCUCAAUCCGGUCAUCUCCCUCCUCUGGCAUUUCAAGCACCAUCCGUCACCCCAGCCUCUCAACAUUUUGGGCAAAGUUUCGCAAGAUCACAGCACUUUGGCAGGCAGAUGGAUCAACCCAUGAGCCACCCGCCUGCACUCUAUCAUGGUAACGAGAGAUCUUCUAACUUGCCGAGCUUUGGACGUCCGUUGCCGCAGAUGAUGCCUAGGAGCUUCCCUGGAUCUCAAUUCCCGCAGCAUUCUGCUCAUUUCCCUCCAAGACCAGUGUUUCAUCAUGAUAACCUGAACCCAAGUGGCCAGCCACAGAUUCGUCACCGGUUCAACGGCGGUGUGCAUCAAGUAUAUGACCCUUUUUCACCUAGUGACGCUUAA